ACUCGACCCAAACCACACAUCCUUCUGGGUACCGUCCAAAUCAGAGGGGCGGAUAAAAUCCCACAAAUGCUCCUCUUCGCUCCCACCCCGCCGCCGUCGCCGGCCACCGCUCACCGGCGACCGGGUGGCAGCGCUGCCUCGUGCAUCCGCUGCUCGAGCGUGCGCGAGCUUGAUAGGUCCCCAAGCCGCCCGCCGCUACCGCCGCUGGCGGAGGCGAAGCGGGUGGUGCUGGUGCGGCACGGGCAGAGCACCUGGAACGCGGAUGGACGCAUCCAGGGGAGCUCCGACUUCUCCGUGCUCACGCCCAAGGGGGAGUCCCAAGCGGAGACCUCCCGCCUCAUGCUCCUCGCCGACUCCUUCGACGCCUGCUUCACCAGCCCGCUCGCCCGGUCCCGCCGCACCGCGGAGAUCAUCUGGGACACCCGCGAUAAGGACCUCAUCCCGGACUACGACCUCCGCGAGAUCGACCUCUAUUCCUUCCAGGGGCUCUUGAAGCAUGAAGGGAAGGAGAAGUACGGGGCUCUGUUCCAGCAGUGGCAGAAGAAUCCAUCAGACUGCAGCAUCGAUGGACACUACCCAGUGCGGGAGCUCUGGGACCGAGCGCAGGGCUGCUGGGAGAGGAUCCUGACACACGAGGGCAAGUCAGUUCUUGUGGUUGCUCACAAUGCAGUUAACCAAGCGCUCGUCGCCACAUCCUUGGGACUUGGCACGGAGUACUUUCGGACUCUGCUCCAGAGCAACUGUGGCGCUAGUGUGCUGGAUUUCACCCCACAGCCCGGCGGGCGCCCUCCAAGUGUGUGCCUUAACCGCUUAAAUCAGACUCCGAGCUCUCCUAUUUCUGCCGAAAGUUCUGCAGGUAGAAAGUCGAGCAAGCGGAUCAUUCUAGUUUGUCAAGGGGCUACACAGAGCAGUUCUGAGGGUAGUUUAGGCGGAGUGGGUUAUGCACCGCUGAACAUGCUGGGUGUUAUACAGGCUCAGAAGACUGCGGAACUGCUUCUAGAUCUGAAGGUGAACAGUAUUAUCUGUAGCCCACAAGUCGCAGCUGUUGAUACCGCAACUGCCAUAUGUGAGGUCCAAGAGGCUGCUGGUUGCUUAGGUGCUGACUGUGUGCCUCGUUACGUUGAAAUGAAGAAUUUGCUCGGACUCGAAAUUGAUGAUGCCUUUCUAACAAAGCAAAAGAGCCUUGAACAGAUAGUUCAGUCUGGUUGGAUGGGUGGCAUGGAACACCAAAAGCUAAAGACACUGUGGGCUCAGUCAGAGGAUGCAUGGCAAGCUUUGGUAAACGAAUUGCCAGAGGAUGAUGGUGCUGAGUCAGACCGAGUCGUUGUCGCCAUCGGCCAUCCUGCCAUCCACCUAGGACUGCUCUGCAGGUGUCUGAACCUAACAAUGGAUUACAUGCCGUCUUUUCAUCUGGACGACGGCAGCAUCAGCGUGAUCGAUUUUCCGGAUGGGCCGAAAGGAGGAGGUAUUGUCAGAUGCACGAAUUACACGGCCCAUUUGGGCAGAUGGUCGGUACCCAUCACAAAAUCAACAGAAAACAAUGAUGAAUUCUGAAUUAAUUUUUGUACAGAGGUAAUUAACAUCUCCUGUUUUUUUCGCUGUAAAAAGAAACAUCUUCCAUUUCUUGGUGGGAGUACCAUCCUUAAGGAAAAUGAAUUGAGCUUGUAGAUAUCAUACACUGAUGUAAAUGGCAUCUUCCUAGUUUUUAUUUGUGAAGAUCAUUUCAUUCACUAUACAACAUAAGUUUCCAAAA